CCAUAAUCCAUUCCAUUUCCAUAUCGAGUAUAGGUUGAAAAACAAACUUCAUGCUCUCUAGGAUUGGCAGCGCCGAUACACUGGAAAUUUUAGCCUCCAAGUCCACCGGCAGCGAAGAGUGCUCCACGCCCGAAGACAACAUCAAUGUGGUGGUGCGUGUGCGUCCGCUCAAUGAGAAGGAGAAGCGCGAUCGGCACGGCAAUACGCUGACAUUUCCCGGCAACGGACAGGUCAUAAUUGAGGGCAACGAUGUGGGACAGAAGCGUUCGCACAAUCGAGACAGCGUUCUCGUAUUCACGUACAACGUGGUCUUCGAGCCCGGAGCCACCCAGGAUGAUAUACUGGACUAUUCGGGCAUUAAACGCAUCAUAGAGAUGGGCACCGAGGGAUUCAGUUGCACGGCCUUCUGCUACGGUCAGACGGGCUCUGGAAAGACGCACACGCUGACAGGACCACCAGACCUGUUUGUUGGGAAGCCGAAUCCAAAGGAUCCCCGACAUGGCCUUAUCUUCCGCUCGUUUGUGUAUCUCUUCCAGUUGAUUAAGAACCGAAAGGAUGUCAAUUAUGUGCUCAAGGCUUCGUUCAUGGAGAUCUACAAUGAACGGGUAAUCGAUUUGCUUAAUCCGGGAAGUGCACGGAAGCCGCUGGCCGUGCGCUGGUCCAAGAAGUCGGGCGGCUUCUUCGUGGAGAACCUAUUCACGUUUGACUGCGAGGAACUGGACGAUCUGCUGGCCGUUCUGGAAGAGGGAAUGAGAAAUCGAGCCGUGGGCUCACAUGCCAUUAACGAUCAUUCGUCGCGUUCGCACACGAUACUUACAGUGCACAUCCUGUCGGACCAGCAGACGGAUGGGGGAGUGUUCCUCUCCAAGCAUGGCAAGAUCAAUUUCGUCGACCUGGCCGGCAGUGAGCUGACCAAGAAGACGAUGAGCGAGGGCAAGACCCUGGAGGAGGCGAACAACAUCAACAAGAGCCUAAUGGUCGUCGGCUACUGCAUAUCUUCGCUGAGCGAUGCCAAGAAGCGGUCGGGGCACAUACCCUACCGGGACAGCCAGCUGACCAAACUCCUGGCCGUCAGUCUGGCCGGGAACGGGGUCACGCUGAUGAUCGCCUGCGUCUCUCCGGCCCACUACAAUCACGCAGAGACCUUGAAUACCUUGCGCUAUGCCUCCAGAGCCAAGCGAAUACGCACCAAGCCCGUGAUCAUGAUGGACCCCAGGGAGGCACUGAUCAUCAGCCUUAAGCGGGAUAUCCACGCCCUGCAGAUGGAGAACGGACAAUCUGCUUUACAUGCAGCUGGAUCGGCUGAGCAGCGUAGGCGGUGCGCCGGCGCCAGUGCCCAAGGUGGAUCUGGAGCGGCUGCCCGAACUGGAUGGCUCAGAGCUGGCCGAGCUGGUCAAACUCUACAUGGUGGAGAACGAGUCGCUGCGGCAAGAGAAUAACCAUCUGUUCACCGUGCGCGAGACAAUACUCAGGGAUCAGGAGAUCGUUUGCAGAGAGAACGAGCGGCUGCUCAAGAAGCUGGAGGAUGU